AAGACCCCCCCCCAACUCCAAGCCCAAGCAUUGCUACCUCAGAAACACCACAAGCCCCGUCCUGGAUAAAUACCAGACUAAAGACUGAAUAUCAAAACAAGCAGCCGCUGCAGAGGACAGGAAACGCUGAAAGCAAUCAGAACAAUCUUGUUUCUUCACUUAAACCUUGAGAACAUGAAGUCCCUGCGCUUCCUUGCGGCUGAGGGCUUCAUCCAGACUGGUUCUGGGGCGUUGGAGAACUUAAGCUGCGUGUCUUUUAACCUCUAUCCGAUUCUCUUCAAGGCCUGCUACCUUCAUGAGCAGGCUGAUCUCCUGCAUGCUUUGGUGAGAAUAUGGCCUCUUCCUGAGCUCAACAUACAGAGACUCCUGGGACGGUCCUAUGACUGUGAACUGGACCUCACCUCCUGCACCUGCCGGGCCUGCCUACAAGCACUUCUGAUCGGCCUAAAGGAUUAUGUGCUGUCUCCUCCGAAGACCUAUGCCAAGAGUUUGCAUGUAGUAGACCUGACUGCCCUCAAAGACACUGAGCACCAAGCCUGUCCAUGCAGGUCCAGCUUGGGUCGAUGGGCUCGGACACAGCUCCUGUCCCAAAUGUGUUAUGAGACGAUGGCGGCCAUGCAGGCGGGAGAUGUGAACCCAUCUUCAUUUCAUCAUUCUGUCAACGUCCUCCUCAAUGGAUUUGUGACAGGCCGUAACUACGAGCAGGUCGCUCAGGCCUUCUUGCUUCUCCGCCACUGUCCUCUAAAGGUUCAUUUUGUCAGCAUUAGAGCCGACUCUCUGGCUUUAAAGCAGCUGUUCUAUGUUCUUCGCAUAGCAGAGCCCGAGUCCUUAACAAAGCUAGAAGUGGUUCACAACGUUCCCCUGGAGGCCCCGCAUCUGGAGGUGUUGCUGUCCAGGGUGGAGUUCCCCAAACUGCAGUCUCUGACGCUACCAGCGGGGGCGCUGGAUGUUAGGAGGCUGGGCGCUGAUGAUGAUGAUCUCCUGGCAACCAUUGGCAGUCUACUGGCACAGCUUGGCAACCUUACUGAGCUUUAUGUUGGGUUCUCGACUCUCACUGGACAUCUUCGCAGACUUCUAUGUCCUCUCAAUACACCACUGAAGUGUCUGGAGUUGGCCAACUGCUGCCUGAACCGUGUGGAUAUGACCUACCUGGCCAACAGUCUGCACAGCGAGACCCUGGUCCACCUCGACCUCAGCGGACAUAAUAUCUUCAGCUCUUUUCCCACUGCGUUUCACAAACUCCUGAGCCGAUGCUCCGCCACGCUGACAACCCUCAUCCUGGAAGAGUGCGACAUCCAGGAUGAACACUUAACCACCUUCACCAAUGCUCUGUCCCCCUGCCAGGGACUGAAGGAGUUAAAACUUCUGGGAAAUCCUCUCAGCUCUGUCACUCUGAGGAGGCUCUUCUCCACGUUGACAACAGGUUUUCCUAAACUGAGGUACAUAGAGGUACCUGCACCCCGUGACUGCUACUCUGAAGAUGUUGCUUAUCCUCUGGAAGAUGCGGUCUUGCUGAACUACAACAGAGACUUGUUCCAGCAGACCAUGGGUCAGCUUUCAGGCAUCUUGGAAAGAGCCAACAGAAGCGAAGUGGAGGUGUGCUCACCUCUCAUGGGCACCUAUGAUCCGGACAUUAACGAAACCAGCAAUGAACUUGGAGUUUCGAUGCUAAAAUCUUUCAACAACGUGAUUGGAAACUUUAUUGGAACAAUAACAGAUGUGGAUACCAGGAGAUCCCAGGCUCAGAGAGGUAAUGAGAACUCCUGAUGAGCAACAAGUGGACAUUAAUGAUCCUCAGGGGUUUUGGACAAAUUUCUUUGACCUUGCCUCUAUGAGUUUAAGUUGCAUUAUUUUAAAAACAAAUUUGAUAAAUUAAUGACAGGAUCAUCUGAUGACAAAGAAACUAAGUUAGCUGCAGCUGCCUUAAAAAGUUAUUAAACUCAGUUUGUAUGAAGGUAAAGUUGCAUAUUCAAUGUGUUGAACUGUGACUUUGUUAUAGAGAAAUAAAAAUAAACAUAGUUUU